AUGAACUUUACAUUUACUGGUGCUGAUUCUUCGAAAAAGAAGGUUUCUCUGAGAGGAAAUGUUAAGAGUCUAACGAGAGAAGAAUUAUUGGAAAAUGCUCGGAGGGAGAGAGAGUUAUCAAAACAAAACAAAGCCCAAGAACAGGCUGCCAAAUUAAUCGGAAAGAUUGCUCGGAAAUACAUGAUCAAAUUAAAAGAGAAGAAUCAUCAACGAGAAUUAUUUGAUGAAAUGGCAAUUGCAAAGGAAAAGCCACAGAAAGUUGUUCUUUCCAUGAUGAACAAGUUGUUGUAUUUUUAUAGCAUUCAUCAAGAAAAGGAUGAAAAUCGACUAUUGAUAUGCUUAAACUUUCUAUUGCGACUAUGGAGAACACAACCUAUGUCAAUUAAUGAGCAUUUACACAUGUUACAAUAUAACAAACUCACAUCUCUAAUUGUACAGUAUAUGAACAAUAUCAAAGAUGACGACUUUAACUUGGCCACGAACAAGAGAUUAAUUCUUGCAUCGCAGGCCUUAAUUACCCUUCUUGAUUGUAAAUAUUAUUCCGUAGGCAUGUACAGCACAUUGAUGGAAAAACAAAUCAACGCACGAAAAUUAAUAAUUCUUUUGAUCCGAAUGAUGACUCACUCUCAGGAAAAAUCACAGCAAUAUGCAGCCAAUUUAUUCGCCACCCUUAUGAAUGGCAUCAAGGAUAAUGCCAUCAUGAUAGGGAAGCUUGUGUUAGAGCUAUUUUCCCAUCCAAUGAUAUUCUCCUCACUCUCAGAAACAACUGUCGCCCUAAUUGAUGCCCAAACAGUGAUAUGGGGCAUUGGAAAUGAAGCAACAAAUCUCUUCGAUGAUAAGCGAAAAUUAUUUUUCUGUGGAAAUUUAAUUCAGUUUAUGAACAAGCACAUGAAAUCUUUGUUGAGUUCCGAAGUGUUGAUACAAUAUCUUCGUAUUGUUGCUACCCUAUUGCCAGACGUUGAUUUUGAUCUUAUUGCCAUUGAAGACAAUUCAUCUGCUAUGACCGACGACAAGGAGGUUGAGGAAAUUCCUUCUGGUGUUAAGCAACAAGUUCAAUUAAUUUUCAAAAAGAACCAUCUGAAAAAAUUGAUAGAAGCCAUGGUGAGCUCUGAACUGGCCUUUAGAAUUGCUAUUUUCAAAGACUUUGCAAAAUUAUUUCUUUACUUGAUGCAUGAAGAAACCAAACAUACGACACUCAUCUUAGGGCUGUUAUCUUAUUGCACUGAUAAUUAUAGUUUGAUCAACUCAAUGUGGUCUCUAAUUAAGGGAGAUCUACUUGACAAUGUAGAAAUACUUGCACUCUUCUGUAAAGUUUAUGACAACGUUCUGUCAUUUAUAGAUGACGAAGAAUUUAAAUCGAAACCAUUCACUUAUGAGGAAAAUAUUAACAUUUCUGGAGCCUUGAAACCUAUUGCAUUUGAAUUGGUAUGGACAGCUUCAAAAUCCUCGCUGAAAGAAGACGUUUGUAAUGUACUUACCAAAAUUCAUAACAGAGAUGUUAGGCUCAAGUUUUGUCCGUUUAAUCACUUCAUUGUUGAUGAGGCGUCGUCAAUUGACAUUUCAAAAAUAGCAGAAUUUAUGUAUCAAGGAAAUGACAUGACAGACGAUGAAGAGCCAAGAAGAGAUCCCUAUGAAUAUAUUCCAAUCAGAUUACAUCGUGUUCAGGCACUAAAAGAAGCUCUCUCACACAAGUCGUCCUUUAAAGAGACACAAGCAUUCAACAAAACUCGAGAAUUGAUUUCAAAACUGCCAUUCAUGGUUCCAAUACAUGUUCGAAUAAGAAUUUUCAAAGAAAUAUUAACGCUCGACAAGGACUAUUGCCAGCAGUUACAGCACUUUAUCGAACCAAUAGAAAUCCACAGAGACCGUAUAUUUGAAGAUUCAUAUUCCAAAUUUUAUCCCUUGUCAGCCUUACAACUCAAAGGACGAAUUCGAGUUCAAUUUAGUGGAGAGGCCGGUAUCGGAGAAGGUGUUAUGAGAGAAUAUAUCUUUGAGUUGUGUAAAUUGGCGUACAGUACAUCAUACGGAUUAUUCAAGUCGACAGACGAUGGUCAUUUAUAUCCAAACCCCUAUUCACACUUAAUCUAUCCGGAAGGUCAAGAUUUGAGAUUCUACACUUUUUUAGGGAAAAUAUUAGGCAAGGCAAUAUAUGAUGGUAUAAUGAUUGAUUUACCGCUGGCCAAGUUCUUCAUUUCCAAACUAAUGAAAGGAUCGAAUUCUGAUCUUAUCAAUGAUUUAUACAGUUAUGAUAAGGAAUUAUAUAAGAAUUUGCUCUAUCUCAAAAAUAAUAAUUUAGGAGAUUUAGGAUUAAACUUUACAGUUGUGGAAGGUGAUGAAAUGUCAGCCACACGAGUCAUACCUCUCAUACCAAAUGGAGAAAAUAUUGAAGUCAACGAGAAGAACAAAUAUUCCUUUAUUUAUCGUAUGGCUAAUUACAAGCUCAAUCACCAAAUCAAAAAUCAAUCUGAAUCAUUUAUGAAAGGCCUUAAUGAUAUUAUUCCUGCUUCAUGGCUUGCACUGUUUGAUGAGAAUGAACUUAUUGACAUCAUUUCCGGAUCUGAUUCUCCAAUUGAUAUUGAUGACAUGUAUGCCAACACAGAGUAUGGACCUGGAUAUGAUCAGGAACAUCCAACCAUUCAAUUAUUUUGGGACAUUGUUUUCAAUGAUUUAACGCCUCAGCAACAUGUAUUGCUUUUGAAGUUUAUUUCAUCCAUUUCGAGACCUCCACUUUUAGGAUUUAAAGAUUUACAUCCUAAAAUUUGUAUUCACAAAGUUGCUGACACUUCUCGAUUACCAACCAGUUCCACCUGCUACUCUCUUUUAAAGCUUCCUGCCUACACCUCAAGACAGCAAUUGAAAGAGAAACUGAUUCAAGCCAUCGAACAAGGAACACAAACUUUUGGUCUCACUUAG